AUCCCCUCUUUCCCUCCCCCUUCUCCUCUCUCCUCGCUCACACUCUGUUGCGCUCAGUCAGAGGGCUGAAACGAAGAUGAAGAACAAGAACAAGCAGACCAAGUUCCCUGUCGCGCGCAUCAAGAAGAUCAUGCAGAAGGACGAGGAGGUGGGCAAGGUCGCGCAGGCGACGCCGGUCGUUAUCUCAAAAGCGCUCGAGCUUUUUCUUGCCAUGAUUGUCGAUGAGUCGAGUAAAGUCACGUUGGAGCGCGGGGCGAAGCGGGUGGAGGCGUAUCAUCUAAAACACGCAGUCGAAACGACCGAGAUGCUCGACUUCCUCAAGGAGAUCGUCGAGGCCGUGCCGGAUCCGUCGGCGGGGGGAACCAUCGACCUCCUCGCCGAGGCCGAGGCGAAGAAGAAGCGUCGGAACAAGCGCAACGGCGCAGAGGGCGGUGCGCCGGGCGGGCGGCGGCGGCGGCGAAAGGUGGACAAGGACGAGGAAGAGGACGAAGGUGAAGGUGAAGGUGACGGAGAGGGUGACGGGGAGGGCGAUGGAGAGGGCGACGGCGACGGCGCGGAUACGGGCGAGGAAGGCGGGGUGCGGAGCGAGCCGGAGAGGGAGGAGGAGGACAGUCCCAUGGACGUUGAGCGCCCGCGAGGCGGUGGGAGAGGCGGUAGGCGCAUGCGGUAUGUGGAAGCGGAUGGGGAGGAUAAGCCGUAUAUGCCCCCGCGAUGAGGGGGUGGAUGAUGGACGAUGGACUUUGACAAGGUAGUUUUGUAGCUUUAUGACGACAUGACCUGUCUGCUAAUGUACGCUUGGUGUGCUAUCUAAGUUAUCCUGCACGUCUUUGUUCGUUCUCGC